UACAGCCAAUUCACCUGUCUAGUCUCACUUCAUUGCCGCUCGCGUCUUGGGCUGCGGCGGAGCCGUUAGUCGCCAUUCUCAGCUGACUGCGGCUCCGUAUUGCACAUUGCGUGAUAGUUACCCCUCUCGCCAUGGCCGCGGUGCAGAUCGCCGCAGCUGUCGCAAUGUCUGAUCCGCGGGUCACCUCAAUGUCCAUGUCGUCGCCCGUAGUACAGUCGCGCCGCCUGUCUCAUUCGCGUGCCGUCGCCAAUCCCACCUUGCGACUCCUCUCCUCAACCUUGCCACAUACAAACCUCUCCUCUCGACGAGACCGCAGUUUACGCCAACGCGUCGUAGCCGCGCGCCGCUCCUUGCCAUUGCGCGCCGAGCCUCGCGUCGGCGAGCGAACAGUACAACCACCGUCUCCCCGCAGCUCACGGAAAGCCGUGCGCGCGUCGGCCGUAACGGCGCCGAAAGAAGGAGCCCAGGCGGCUUCCCCCGCUGCGGCAGACGCGCGAUCGCGGGAAUCGGCGGACCUCGCGGAGGUUGGCGGAAAUGGCGCGGGGCGGGCAGCGGAAGCUGAAGCGACGGCGGUGGUGCUGCUGGACGUGCGCGAGAUGAUGUGCGGGGGCUGCGCCGCCGCCGUGCGCCAGGUGCUCUCCGCGCAUCCGCGCGUCAUUAGCGCCGGCGUGAACCUCGUCACUGAAUCCGCGGCUGUUACUGUCUCGCUCCGCGCGCCUGAGGCUUCCGGCUCCCCUACCGCCCCCGCUUCCCCCUCCGCGUCGUUUCCGUCCGCUUCCGCCAAGCCGAGCGCAGAGGCGGCGGAGCUCGACUCGCUGCGCGCCGAGCUGGCGGAGCUGGUGGAUGACGCGGGGUUCCCGUGCUCCGUGCGCAGUGCGGCCGAGGCGGACGAAGAAGCGGAGGCGCGGCGGAGGGAAGCGGCGGAGCGGAGGCAGCGCGCGGUGGCGCGGGCGCGUGUGGACGUGGCGGUGGCGGGGGUGCUGGCGGGGCUGUGCUGCGCGCACCACGUGGGGCACCUGCUGCACGGCAUGGGGCUGCACGCCCUGGCGCACGGUAGGCAUGGGGCUGCACGCCCUGGCGCACGGCCCGUGGAUGGCGGUGCUGGACGACGUGAGAGUGCGGUCUGCCAUCGCUGCUGUGGCGCUGCUGGGACCCGCCAGAGACCUGCUGUGGGACGGCAUGAGGGCCCUGCUGCGCCUGUCGCCCAACAUGAACUCCUUGUGGGCCUUGCCUCCCUCGCGGCCUUCUGCAUCGGCGUGGUGGCCCAGCUGUACCCCGACCUCGGCCUCGACUCCUCCUUCACUGACGAGCCUGUCAUGCUGCUGGCAGUGGUGCUCCUGGGUCGGUCGCUGGAGGCCUCUGCCCGGGCCCAGGCUUCCUCCGACCUCAAUGCGCUCAUGUCCCUUCUGCCCUCCACGGCCCGCCUGCUUGUUGACGACGACAGCACUGAAGGCGAGCAGGCUGAGGGGGCGGGGGGCAGGGGUGGUGAGGGCGGGAUGGAGAGUGGGAGUGAGGAGGAGGGCGAGGGGGGGUUGGCGCUGAGCAUGGCGGCGUGGGUGCAGGUGCCAGCCAACCACGGCACGGUGGUGCACGGGCGCAGUGCCGUGGACGAGUCCCUGCAGACGGGCGAGGCAGCCACAGUGGCCAAGCGCAGGGGUGCUGCUGUGGCUGCCGGCACGGUCAACUGGGAGGGGCCCAUAGUGGUGGCAGCAACAGCCACGGGCGCCAGCUGUGCGGUGUGUGAGAUGGCGCGGCGAGUCGAGGACGCCCAGCAGCGCACGGCGCCGGUGCAGCGCCUGGCGGAUGCCAUCGCAGGGCCGUUUGUCUUCACCAUCAUGUCGCUCGCUGCCGCCACCUUUACCUUCUG